GCUCAAGAUGUGUUCUAAACUCUCCCUGCUUCUGGGAUUAGUGACUUUGAUCGCAGCUGUCGUUGCCGUCGAUGAUCCUACAUCUCCAACUUCAACGACGUCUCCCACUUCACCGACGGAUCCAACUUCGUCAACUUCUCCAACUUCUCCGACUUCUCCAACAACCCCAGAUGCUGCAGCCCCCUCUUCAGACACCGCUACCACGCAAAAGACUCGCAAGAGGCUCAGGCUUCGAAGGUUCCGCGUCCGAAGGGUCUGUUGGGGCAACCGAGGUGGCCGCAGAUUAGGGGGUCACCGGUUCCGAGAAGGAUAUUUUGGAGGACGUAGAAGUGAAACAGGUUUCCGUGAAAAUGGCAUCCGUGAAGGCGGCUUCCGUGAUCGCAGAUUUGAGCACAUCACCAUCUAA